UAAAAAUAUUAUCCUAUGGAGACAACUAAAUCAAAGGUAGAUUCCCUUCAGCUCCUUGAAACUAUACAAACUCCGAAUAACAACAAGAGCCCGAAGAUGCGUCUUCCUCGAAUGUAUCAGUCUAGAGGAAGAGCAUCUAGACAAUCUUCUCAUCCAGGCCAAGCCGCUCAAGACUCUGACUUUACCAGCAAAACAUUCAGCUCUCAAACCAGCUUCUACAACAAAGCCAGUCAUUCUCCCAACGGAGGUGCAACUCCGGUGACACCCAAAGCGCCCCACUCGAACACAAACAUCUUAAAGUAAGCAGGCUCAGCAGCUGCUUCAGGACUUGGCUGAAGACAUUGAUGCAUUCCACUGCGUUGACUGACUCCACAAGUUCGCCCGUGCCUGAAUGCACAAGAUCAAGCAGAUCGGCGGGCUCAGCCUUGAACAACUCAAUAUCAAAGAAAUCGGAAGCAGGCUCAGCAAACACAAGUCGAAAGCUAGUUCCCCAAAAGUAAAGUUCUUGAAACAAUUUUUGUGAAACCCGAAAGCAAGAGAAGAGUUCUACAACACUAAAUCUAAGAACUUCGCAGUGAUUGCUCCUUUGUUGUAUAAAGAAAUGGUUGAACAAUAUUACAAUUCACAGACUUCUGUGGGUGGAAUGAAAUUUGUAAAAAGAAACUUAGACCCUCAAAAGCCUUUUGUGCCAAUAAAGAAACUUGAAAAAGACCAAAAAAGAGGAAAAAGUUCUAAACUAGCCCCUAAAAUCCGUGAGCAGCAGGGUCAAAACAAGUCAGUUUCCUUAACCACACGCGUGCCUACAAACCACACCAAUUUUCAGCCCCAAAAACUCAUAUCUAAGAGAGACCUCCAGUACUAUAAGCUUACAGGGACAACUGACUUAGAAGUAGUUGAAUACGGAAAUAACUCUAUUCGGAGAAGGAAAUAUAACCUUAAUGAUAGAUCAAGAGGGGAUUCGGAAGAAACUCCUAAAAAGAAGACCUCAAAACGGAAGCUGAGAGCCUCAAGUAAUAACGAUAAGGCUCCUAAGAGAUCUGAGACUUCAAAGAGCCGUUUGCCUAGUAUCAAGCAAGAAAAGAAGAAAAAAUCAGCUGACCCUCGAACCCUCCAUACCUCAAAUACUAAGAAAGUUAUGAAAGAGAUUCAGAAACCUGUGGUGCAAAAAGUAGAUGAAGAGGGCCAUGUGAUUCGGGAGCCUAAAUAGAUGUAUUAUCCUCACCAAUCGAAAAGUAUCCAAGUUAAAAUAGAAGGACUAAAAGGCACCUGAACAAAGACCUUUCAAUAAGCGAGGAGGAAAAAUCUGAGAAAAAUAAAAAACAUUUUAUGAAGAAUAUAAACCAAAUCUCAAGUAAUAAAUCCCGGUCUAUUGUUACAGCCAAGGUUUAUCCUCAAAGGAGGAGAGGGCACGAGAUUGAAAAAUCCAAGAGCAUCCAGAUGCAGAAUAUAGAAAAGAAUCUCCACUCCAAGAAGAACAAGAUUGAUCAGGAAUAUGAUAAAAUCAAGAAAUAUGCCAAAUCUCCAAAGCCUAAGAAGGAAAAAUCCAAGAAAUGGAUGUUUAAGACUGAGAAAAAGCUGAGUCCUCCCCUGCAAGCACCGGAUGGAUCGCUAGAUAGCUUAACUAAGAAGAUGGAAAGACUCCUUGCCCAAGUCCCUCUGGACAAAAGAGAGCAGUUUCUUGCAAAUUUUGUACCAAAUACUAAAAAUAGCACUGAGAGUUCGAAAUUUUCAACAACGAAGGAUGACAGAAGAAGUUCGGAAUAUACCCUUUUUGUUAACUCGUCAAAUGAGCAGAGCGGGAAUUAGAGAUAUCUUGUUUAACAAAUUCAAUUUGCU